GGUAGGUUGAGUGAGGUGGUGAUCUGUGACCGGAGAAUGACGUCAUUAUCGGAAACUCGAUCACCGCUUCCAUUGCUGUUCCGGCGACGAUCGAGUGGUGAAAUAAAGAACAUAACAUCAAUUUCGAGCAGCUUAUUACCGGCGUUUGGAACAGUGAUUGAUGAAAGCCAUGUUCAGAAGAAAUAUCUGAUCGUUCCGUAUGAUCGCAGAUACAGGUUAUGGGAGACAUUUCUGGUAGUACUGGUUGUGUACUCCGCCUGGGCAACUCCAUUUGAGUUAGCAUUCAACAGAGCAGCAACAGGAGCUCUCAUGUAUAUUGACUUGGUGGUUGACUUUUUCUUCGCCAUCGACAUCGUUUUAACUUUCUUUGUGGGUUACUUGGAUAAAUCUACUUAUGUUCUUGUUGAUGAUCAUAAGAAGAUCGCCAUCAGGUAUGUGAAAAGACUACAUUUGCCAAUGGAUGUAGCCUCAACUCUACCAUUCCAGUUCAUAUACAGAAUUAUCACUGGUAAAAACCACCAAGCUCAGUUCUUGGGCUUCCUCAACCUCCUUCGCCUAUGGCGUCUUCGCCGGGUUAGUGCCCUCUUCAAAAGGCUAGAGAAAGAUACACAGUUUAGCUACUUUAUAACAAGGCUAUUUAAGCUCCUUUGUGUUACAAUUUUCACCAUACACUCAGCUGCCUGCAUCUACUUUUAUCUAGCUGCACACUAUAAAACACCAGAGGAUACAUGGAUUGGAGUUCAGGUCAAUGAUUUUAAAGAUAGAACCAUCUGGCUAGGCUACACAUACUCCAUGUACUGGUCAAUUGUCACACUCACCACAACUGGCUAUGGAGAUCUACAUGCAGUCAACAUGGGAGAGAAAAUAUUUAACAUGUUCUACAUGCUCUUCAACAUUGGACUCACUGCUUACAUUAUUGGAAACAUGACAAAUCUUGUUGUCCACAGCGCAACCCGAACUUUCUUCAUGGUAGUUGAAUUCUUCUUUUUCAUUGUUGUUUCCACCCAUGGAACUAACACUUCUUUUUCCUUCUUCUUUCAGUGGUUGUUGAAACUUGAAUCUGCAGAGAUGACAGGUGAAAUUGGGGUAAUUUUCAAUAUCCCACAACCUUUUACAGUGAGAACCAAGAGGCUUUCCCAGGUCAUUCGGAUGAGUCAUCAUCAUUUCAAGCAAAUCAUACAACUCCACAGCGAAGAAGGGAAAACAAUUAUGUCAAACUUCAUUGAGCAUCUGAAGGGGUUAAAGAAAGAGGUGCUGGACGAAAUACCAUUUCUGCCUGAUUUACUUGGUGACCUGAAUAUGGAGCAAGCAGGAGCAACACAAUACCAUGAAGUGUUAGAUUCUCAGACACAUGCAACUCAGAAAGAAACACCAGAAACCUCACCCUUCUCAAACACAGUUUGUGUAAGGGUGACUAUCCAUGGGCACCAUCCAAAUCAAGAUCCAGCAGAUGGUGGGAACAGGGGAAAGCUCAUAAAUCUGCCUGACUCAAUAGAAGAGCUCUUGAAGUUAGCAGAGAAGAAGUUUGGAAAAAGAGGAAACAAAAUUCUUAUGGCUGAUGGUUCACAGGUAGAAGAACUUAGUGCUCUAAGAGACAAUGAUCAUUUGUUUAUUUUCUAAAAGGUAAACUAAUAUUUGGCCACUUGUCAGCCUACUUGGUCCGUCAAUUUUAAGGUCAUGGACGUAUAGAUGUGUGCAUAAGUCAAAUAAUUUUCUGAAUAUUACAUUACUGCUUUGAAUAAAGUUAGA